AUGGCUCGUCUGAGCGGGCAGAUUUGCAGCUGGGUUACUGGCUUCCAUCCCGAUAGUCAUCCGUCUCGAUUGGAUGGAGGGUUUAUGAAUGGCUCAUAUAAUGUAUGUCAAAAAUUCGUCUUUGAUGACGGAACAAUCUGGAUUCUCCGUCUCCCUCGUGCUCGGAGCGUUGCCCCGGAAUAUGCCGACGAGAAGGUGGCGAUGGAGGUGGAAGCUCUCCGACUUAUCAGGGAAAAAACGUCCAUCCCCGUUCCAGAGGUUUACGCCUGGGGCCUAGCAAGGGAAAAUACACUGGGGCUGGGCCCUUUCAUCUUGAUGAGCUUCAUCAAUGGCAUCUGCCUGAAUGAUCUUUUCAAUAUCGAUUUCGAUCAUAUUGGCAGCUUGCCCAUGCCAACGACAAACUUUCCUGCGCCAAAACGCCCACUCACAUGGAAGAUGCAUGAAAUACUAAGAGUAGGAGGUGUCAGCACCUCUGAAUACUUUCAAUGCGUUAACAAUCAAGACUGGCAACAACUACGAUUUCAACCGAAUUCAAUCGCCGGCCCGCGGAGUGCCAGAAUCCUUAAUCCCCGAAUUAUCAAUCAUACCUAUGAGAACGGCCCCUUCAAGCUGAUCUGCGACGAUUUCGGCUUGGGUAAUGUCAUUGUACGAAGUAAGGAUGACCUUACUAUCACCGGGGUAGUAGACAUGGAGUGGGUCUAUGCCGGGCCAGCCCAGCUAUUUGGAUCUGCUCCCUGGUGGCUUCUUCUCGAUCGCCCGGUCACCGAGGAGUGGGAUUUUGAGGAGGAAGAGGCUCCCAAAGCCACCGAUCGCUACUUCACAUGCCUCGAGAUCUUUAUACGUGUGCUAGAAGAGGAGGAAGAAAAGACGGCAGAAAGCGACCGGAAAGAACUUACUGAGCUGGUCAAAUGGUCCAAAGAUUCAGGCGCUAUGUGGCUCCAUAUGCUUCUAUCAAGCGGCUUUUUUGAUACACCAACCUUUCCUUACAUGCAGUUGCGAAAUCACAAGGGUGCGGAAUGGUGGGACGAGCGCAUGCAGGAGCAUAGAGAUGCAGAGGAUGCUGAGAAAUUUGUGGCCGACAAGCUGGACGAUCUGGCAGCGUAUGACAAGAUCAAUGAUAGGGUCGAACACCUCAAGGUCCUCAUGGACAACAAGGAGAUUUCAACAGAUGAUUUCAUUUGUACCGUGUCAUCUCUUCUCAACUCUGAUCGAUAG